CAAUAUUGUUCGCGAGAGCGGUAUAAAAAGGAAAUUCAAUCCUGUGCAGAAAGUAUGGUACUCACACUGUUUGUGGGAAGAAAGUAAUUCCGUUGUCAUCAUCUGCCGUUAGUUUUGACUGUGAAGAUAUAAUGGAGUCUGCAAGGAAAUUAUUGCGAAGUGCUAGCCGGCGAAUUCGUCGAGUUUCCAGAAAUGUUGAGGAAACAGAUUUAGGGGGGUCCUCGCCGAAGGAGGUGGACCCCAAAGCAGAGGCAUCGACGUCCAUGGUGACCACGGCUGAGUGUCCACUGGAGGCCGGUGAGCUUGCAGCUGCUGCUGUCAAACUGAGUGAUUUGGAUAGCUCAACUGAGGAAGUACGGGGCUCUGGUGAUGGAAAUGAAAAACAGGAUUUUAUUGAUCAGCUUUUUAUCAAACAACGCAGGGAGCUGAACCAUGAACUAAGACAGAUUCAGAACAGUCAUCGCCCAGUAAGCAAGGGUGAUCAGAGACGAAACAUUGAUCGCUUCCUCCGACAACAUCUCCAUGGCGAAGUGUCGGACAGCACCAGUGAGGGUUCCAACGAGGGUACCAACCAGUCUCCAAGACGGAGGAGGCGGAAUGGUAUCGUUAUGCAGGAGCUGGAAGGGUUGUCACGGCAACAGUCUGUCACCCAGCGUCUCCGUUGCCCGACAUUUCGUCGUGAUCUUGAGAACAUGGUUCGCGGCGUUGUCGUAAGACAGGAGAGGGAGGUUGAGGCUGCUCUGAGGUUGCGUACAGCUGGUCUCCCUGGAAACAGGCCCCUCCCUCUUGCUGGUGAAGCAGGUGGAGUUGAUACCAGGAGUUCUAUCAGUGCGGUAUCGUCAGUCUCCAGUGGACAGUCUCUCCUUCCAUCAGUAUCCAUGUUAGGAUUGAAUGGUAUUCCGGCUGCACCACCUCUUCCUCCAUUUCCUGGCCAGCAUCACAUUCCAGCCCCGCCCCCACCCCCAUCACAGCAACCCCAGCAACAUCAUCAACCACAGAAUGCUACCAUUCCACCACCACCACCACCUCAACCACAACAAGCCAACAGAUGGCCCAUGCCUACUGCACCUUGGUUGGUACAAAACAGUGUGAGUGGAACCCAGGGAACUCCCAGUCGGACCCAGGUCCUACAGCAGGUCCAGAGAGAGGCUGUGGUCUCCGAGAUCAGUGAGUUAGUCCAUCGUCAGCUGGUCCAAGAGACCCUAGAAAGUGAUUUCAGAGGACGCUUAGAAUUCUUGAUGAGGAAUCGUUUGGAAACCAUUGGACCUGAGUCUGGCGAACGGGUGAUGAACUAUCUCAACACAAUCCCACAGAGUCAACAUAUCAGACGAAAUGAUUUCACUCAUCUCGGAAUUCACUCUCCUUCUACUCAGAGGGAUGAUGGACCAUCCGGAGCCGUUGGGGGCGCUACAGUACCUGCUGCAUUCAUCCAUGAGAUGGAUAGUUUGAAAUCCAAGAUGUCUGAACUCCAUGAGAUGGUUAGGAUGAGCAUGGAGAUGCAGCUUGAUCUUCAAAGAGCCAUCAGACAGGAGGUGGCUGCGGCACUUCAUCAACAGAAUGGUACUGCUGCUUCUCCUGCUGCCCCUGUCUCGGAGCCAGCCUCUGAGGGUAACUGCAUCAUCUGCCUUGAUAAAGAAGUGGAUGCAGUGCUCUACCAGUGUGGUCAUAUGUGUGUUUGCCUGACGUGUGGCCUUCGUCUCUCAACCAUGGGUUCGCACUGUCCAAUGUGCAGGGCACCUAUAAGGGAUGUCAUCAGAGCUUACCGUUGUCAACGAACCUAGAGGUCUUUGUCAUCAGGGUAUGCCAUUGUCAAUGAUUCAAGAGGUCUUUGCCAUCUGACAGACUCUCAGCCUCCCUGCAGGAUCUUCUGAUAUUGAAAUGGUUGCCUUUACCUGAAGCAUUGAUAGUAGUUGCCUUUUACAAACCAUGCAAUUUGCAAUAUAUAAAUGUUUUCCUGUAAUGCAUUCAAGCAUUCAUCCUCAUCUAGUCCCAUUGCUCCAAGCAGUGUUAUGGCUGAUGUGAUCAUUGUCUUUUACCAUAAACCCUUAUUCUAACCACUCCAUAGUUAAAGACAGUAUUCUUGACAACAUGAAACAAAGUUCUUUACAGUAUAUCCACAUCCUUUCCUUUUCCUUACCCCAGUAUCUUCAACAAUCCCCAUCAUCUUUUACGAUGAACCUUGUUUUAAAAUGCAGAAUGUCUAUUUCUUGACCUCAUUCCAAAAAGAGGUUCAUUGUUUAUCCCUACCCAUUCCUUCCAGCACCAUCUUCUACUCCCCCCUGCCUCUCAUCACAUUGACAGCAUGCAUUUACUUUGAACAAUGGAGUGUAAGACAUUCUCUCAUUUGUUCUUGAUUCAUGUCAACCUUUGUUUCUUAGCAAAUAAUCUUAAAUUCAUUAAUAAAGAUAAUGGUAUGCAAUGGCCUAUGAAUACAGAAAACAAUCUAAUCCAAGUAAAUCUUCCAUUCUUGAACCUCAUUUGCAUAAUGGACACCUAUUUACAGGAAUUUUAUGACACAUUUCACCCAAAAUGCAAGAUGAUGAAUUUCUAUUUUUGUAUUUGUUUGAUAUGAACUUCAGACUGAUUUUUUUUUUUGCAAUAUUUGAUACAAAAUUUAGGAAGGUAUGUAUAUUCAUUCAAUAAUGGGAUGUUAUUUUGUCAUUAAUUUCAAUUUUAUGCUGAACUUCUUUUGCAAUAUUUGAUAGAGAAUAUUAUCAAACCAUAUGUAUGUGGCAUUUACUGUAUAUACAUAAGAGAAUUAUGUUUGGAAUUGAAAUUCAUUUUGAAUUGUUGUCCAUAUACAUAUUUUUUAAAGACCAAACUUAUCUCAAGUAUUCAACUUUUCAUUUCUUUCAUAGAAAUAUAUCUCGUAAUGUUUAAUAUUGUAUGCAUAAAUCUACAGAAAGCAAACAUGUCUUUAUGUUAAGAGGGGUUUUGACAUAAAGUUUUGAUUGUUAAGUAAGAAAAUUGCUUAUGUUUGUUGAACGAUUCUUUUAAAAGGAUAUGUGAUAAUGCUAUGUAAUUACUUAUACAGUUUUACUCAAUACCUGCAAUAUUAAUGUGAUAAAUAUUAUUUAGAUUUGGGCAUUAAAUGUAUUUUAGUUGAAAUUUGUAUAUGUAAAUGAAUAUAUUGUAUUGUAUAUUGUAUUAUAUUGAAAAUAGUUUCAUUGCACUAAAAACAUUUCAUUUUCUUACAUAAGAUAUAUGUUCAUUAAUUAGUCAAUUAUAUCCAAGUUUUCAUUGAUCUGAACAUAUUAGAUAUUUUGCUUUUACAAUAUAUUCCUCAAGAACCUGUAUUUCAGAAAAUUAUAUGAUGUAAAUGGGUGAUCAUCCAGAAAAUAAUGGCAUAUGAUAUACACCCGGCCAACUAUAUUUGUAUGAAAGUAUAAUAAAAUACCUAAUUCCAAACU